GCAUCGGAGUAGAGUAGAGCCAUUGAAGUGAGUCAUCUAACGACCGACGGGACCUGUAGAAGUAGCACUGAAGUUCACCUAGUCGCCAAAAUCAGUUCAACAAAGUCCAGAGCGGUACACUCAUCCCUGCGUUGAGUCACUGCUGUGGGGACAGGACUAAACCUGCAAGAGUUUACUGAAGAAAAGUAGGUGCUUCACAGAUUUUUCAUUUUCCAUCUGGUUCUAGCAGAACAGCUCACUAGCGAUGAUUAUUGCACAGUAGUUUUACACGGGAACAUCAAUUUAUUGGACUAUUAAAGAGACUACAGAAUUUGAGAUCGCUGACUUCUAAUCGGCUAAUAGAAUAGGUGUUAUGCCUGGAUUUAUCAUACCGAGCAUUAAAGUAGCCUAUCUUGGAUAUCAUUUUUAGAUCAGGUGUAAAGGAAUCGCUUCGCUUGGAAGUGCUUUUUUUGUGCCACUGAAGACACUGACCGUGUGGGAAUUCAUUACCAAGCCUCUGAAAUUUCCUCCUCUUUCCCUGGAUCAUGUACCAGGAUUACACCGGGACAUACGACACGUCCUCCCGCGGCAGCAGCAGCUCACCGGCGCACCCGGACACCAGCCCCAUCCCCGCCUCCAGCUACCAGAAGUACAGAGUAGACAUGCCUGGUUCUAGCAGUGCCUUUAUCCCGACGAUUAAUGCCAUAACCACCAGUCAGGACCUGCAGUGGAUGGUUCAGCCCACAGUGAUCACAUCCAUGUCUAACCCGUACUCUCGGCCUCACCCGUACGGCCUGUCGGUGUCCAGCGGCCCGAGUCUCCUCGGACACACGGCUCUCACCCGGCCCGGGGUCAUCCGCUCCAUCGGGGACGCUCGAGGUCGACGCAAGCGGGAUGAGCAGUUCUAUCUGCAGCUCACCCCCGAGGAAGAAGAAAAACGGAGAGUCAGGCGAGAAAGAAACAAACUAGCGGCGGCAAAAUGUCGGAACCGCAGAAGAGAACUGACCGAUAUGCUGCAAGGGGAAACCGAGAAGUUGGAGGAGGAGAAAGCCGACCUCCAGAAAGAAAUCGAGACCCUGCAGAAGGAAAAGGACAAGCUGGAGUUUAUGUUGGUGGCGCACAACCCUGUGUGCAAACUUCCCCUCGAAGAACGCCAUCAAAACCUGCACUCCCAGCAAUGUGCACCCCUUCCUCUGACCAUGCGCUCCAACCUGGGGCCCCGGGGCCCGAUGCAUACCCUCAACCCGGUGGUGGUCAAACAGGAGCCUCUGGAAGAUGACGACGACGAUGAGGAUGAAGCAAAAACCCAGCACUCAGUCAUCAAGCCCAUCUGUCUAGGCGGAGGCAUGUACUGCUCUGACGGAGACAGUCUGAACACUCCUGUAGUGGCCGCUUCUACCCCGGUGUCCACCCCGAACCACCCCAGCCUCAUCUUCACGUACCCCAGCAUGCUGGAGCCCGAGAGCCCAUCGCCCUCGUCCGAGUCCUGCUCCAAAGCCCACCGGCGGAGCAGCAGCAGCGGCGACCAGUCCUCAGAUUCACUCAACUCGCCCACCCUGCUGGCGCUGUGAACCGGAGAACUGGACUUUCCUCGUUCCCGUGGGACUAGCCGAGAACCCUGAAGGGCUAAUUCGCUCGUUUUAUUCGAAGAGAGUUUUUGUCGUCGUCGUUUAAAUGUACGUGGUGGGGUUUUGUAACGAAGAGGAAAAGAUCGCCUGUUCGGAAGACCUCGACUAAUGAGGGGGGAUUGCUUGAAAAUUGCGUUCUUGAUAGGUACAGAAUCCGACAUUGGACACUACGCCCCCAAAACGUCAUUAUCCUCGUGUUUGUGUGACGUGUGAAUAUUGUCGCAUCGUGUUUUGUCUCUUGCUGUUUAUAAUAUUAAGGGGUUCACUGGAUGAGCCUGACUGCUGAGUGUCGAAAGAACCAUCUUGUGUAAUAAAAUGCUGACCUUUGUUGAUGUUUUGUAUAUGCGGCACAAGCACUAAGACAAUUUGCCAAAUUUACAUAGCUUCUGUUAUGUAAAGUACAGAGAAAAAACGUACACUUUAUAGCAUCAGCGAAUCUACUGUCAGGGAUUUUUGUCUGUGAGCCAUACAAGCAUUACUAGAAGCAAUUGCACGCAGAAUAUAACGGUGUACAUGAGGGAAACUCCAGCCAUAUUAGGCUCCGCCUCUAACCCUGACAUGGCAAUACCGCUUUUGUAUUGGCGCACACUGUGGUUUUCGAAUAAUAAAAAAGAAGAAAGGAGCAAACUAUGUAUUACUUUUGUACUUUUAUGUCUCGACUGGCCCUUUUUUUCAGGGUACGGGUCAAACCGAAUCAAUGAUAUCAGCCACAUGAGCACUUCUCCCUGAAACACUGGCUGGCUUUGAGAACAGAUGCACUUUGUCAGCAACGUUACAAUCGAGUAAGACGCCAUUCCUUACAGUGAUAAACGGGGAAUGCAGAGUGAUAUUGAAAGUAAGGAAUCAGACGCAAUAUUUUUCUUUGGAAAAAGAGCGAUCUCGAGGUUACCGUCGCCUCAGUCGGAUAAUAACUGAAGGUGAAUGGGAGUAUUUUGUUGUACAGUACGCAAACGGGGACUUUUUGAAGGACUUUGUUGCUUAUUUAUGUCAGGAACUUUCAAGGAUCUAUAAGAGACGAGUUCAGUGUUUGUGAGAGAUUCUAGUUGCAAGAAACAAUUUAAUACCAAAAAAAUAGAAAAAAGAAAAAAAGAAAGACAGUGUGCUGUAAACUGUUCUCUGUCGGUCUUUUGAACCCUGUGUAUUUUUGAGCAAGCCAUCUGUACAGCUUUCUGCUUAUCGGUCUGUAUUUUCUCUCUUUUUUAUUGCUUUAACUGUUGAAAGACAGAAAACAACCUACAAAAACAGCAAUAUGUAAAGCAGUGUUUGUUCCUCUGGUAAUUUAAGUUUAUUAUAAUGAUAAUAAAAACAUUUCCAAAGUGGUAUUUUUGGAUAGUCGUAUUUUGCUUGUGCAUUUAUUUAUUUGUGCACAGUGUUUUGGGUUUGUUGGAUAUCUCAUUGUUGCAGUGUGGUGCUUCUGUGUUCGACCAAUCACAAGAAGGUUGAAUGAACUUGCUUUAUGCUUUAUCAGUUAUUCAUUCAUCUCUCGUUUCUGCACACAAUCAAAGAUGCAGAUUUAUUCAUCAUCUUAACCGGUUUUGCUUUAUCCAUUGCAGUAGUAUAAAUGACAAUUUAAGACAUCAAUUAUAUUUGUUUUGAUAAAUUUCAUUAAGGGGGAUGAAGACGUAAAGGAAACAUGAAGCAUGUACAUUCAGUUUUACACUUUCUGUUCAUAGGUCAUCGACGCUUUUUGCUGUAGGUCUGGUUAUCGAGAUUUAGCAAGCAGCACUUUAUGUAAAAUAAAUAAAUAAACGUGUAAUUUGGGGGUUUAAUUUCACUUGAAGAGUCACUCUAUACACAUACAUUUCAAAUGUCCGGACUGAUGUUUUGGUUUGCAUUCAUUAUCUUGCAUUAGCCUAUUAUUAUGAAUGGAUGACCCAUUGUCUCAUUUCACCUGAUCAAGUUUUGUAUUGAUUAUGUACGAGGUUGAAAGUGAUUUGCCAAGUUUGAGAUUUUGGUAAGAGUUGAGUCCAUUUAAAAACAUUGAUGGCUGUUUUGCAUUUGUGUGUUGAGCUUUAGGCCAAAUUCAUGUGUAUGUGUGGAAAUCUUUUAUUUUGAAAUAAAUAUAUCUGUUUACAUCGGA